CUCAUGCUCAUGCCUUAAUUUUACAGCAGACAAUGUACAAAUUGAGACAGUCCUAGUAAGAGUUUUCUAAAUCAUCAAGACAUUUGUGUGUGUGGACAACCAUAAACAUAGAUAAGAUCGAACUACCCUCAACCACGAGACAUUUCCUACGUAUACUGGCUUAACUAAGUCUCAUCUUCUGUGCUUGAUUGCGUUUGUCGUUUCUACUGUUGGGCAGAGAAGCUUCAUCUCUUGAUACAUUUUUUUUUUCCUGAGGUUGUGAAUUUCUGUAAAAUAGCUAGACGGAUAAAGCUGACUCCAAAUGAAGUUUUUCAAAAAAGAAAAAACAACAACAAUGUUAUUAUAUAUUGUACCCCUUCAUAUGAAGAUUUGGUUCAUCUUGCAACUGUCUUUCAAUUUCCAAAGAUGUUGUUACAAGUAAUAUUUGCGUUGUCUUUGGUUUCAAUGUACAAUGCUGGUGUUUUUUCUUUUGAUUCAUUGUCCUCUUUAAAACAGUUACACUCAGUAGAAGAAGAAGUAGAGUCACUGUUGAAAUGGAAAUCAACCCUUUGUAACGAACCCCAUUCUUACCUCCACUCCUGGAAAAGAAGUUCAAUUGCCAAUACAACGAGUCCGUGCAAGUGGUUCGGAAUCACUUGCAACAACGAGGGAAGCGUCACUGAAUUGAAUUUAACUAAUUCAAAUAUACAAGGUACACUUCAAAGUUUUAACUUCUCAUCUUUCGCGAACUGUGUUAGUCUUGACUUGAGCAACAACAAACUCUCUGGAUUCAUUCCCUCUCAAAUCGGUAGUCUUUCAAAACUUAUCCACCUUGAUCUAUCCAUGAAUAAGUUUUCCGGACAUAUUCCACUAGAAAUUGAAUUCCUCACAAAUAUGAGUUCGUUAGACCUUUCUCAAAAUCAGAUAACUGGUUCAAUUCCUGCUUCUAUAUGCAAUCUGAACGACCUAACCACUCUAUAUCUUGAUGCAAAUAAAUUGUCCGGUUACAUUCCUGAAGAUAUCGGAAAGUUAAUAUCUCUUACUGACCUUGCAUUUUCCAUAAACUAUCUCAUUGGUCAAAUCCCUACUUCUUUUUGUAACCUUAGCAACCUAAAUACUUUAUACCUUCAUACAAACAUGUUGUCUGGUUAUAUUCCUCUAGAAAUCGGAAAGAUAGAGUCUCUCAUUGACUUGGAAUUGUCCAAAAACAAUCUCAUUGGUCAAAUCCCUACUUCUAUAUGUAACCUUAGCAACCUAAAUAUUUUGUACCUUUAUGAAAAUAAGUUGUCUGGUUUUAUUCCUCUAGAAAUUGGAAAGCUAAAGUCACUUGUUAACUUGGAGUUGAGCACAAACAAUCUCAGUGGUCCGGUCCCAGCAUCUAUAUAUAACUUUAGCAACCUAAAUAAAUUGUACCUUGAUGAAAAUAAGUUGUCUGGUUUUAUUCCUCUACACAUAGGAAAGCUAAAGUCUCUUGUUGAGUUGGCUUUGAGCACAAACAAUCUCAUUGGUCCGAUUCCCGCAUCUAUAUGUAACCUUAGCAACCUAAAUACUUUGUACCUUUUUAAAAAUAAGUUGUCUGAUAAUAUUCCUUUAGAAAUCGGAAAGCUAAAGUCUCUUGUUACCUUGGACUUGAGAUCAAACAAUUUCAGUGGUCCGAUACCCGCAUCUAUAUGUAACCUUAGCAACCUAAAUAUUUUGUACCUUAAUACAAAUAAGUUUUCUGGUUAUAUUCCUCUAGAAAUCUGAAAACUAAAGUCUCUUGUUGGCUUGGGGAUGAGCAGAAAUAAUCUCAAUGGUCUGAUCCCUGCAUCAAUAUGUAACCUUAGCAACCUAAAUACUAUGUACAUUUAUGAAAA